UUCAUUUUUGGGUGAACUAACCCUUUAACGUAAGAGCGGGCAUGGCCAUUAUAACUUGAUUGUGUUAUGGUCUCGGUUCCAUUUAUUUUAGCUGUAUACUAAAACUGCUUGAGAUUGCCAACUGUACUUAUUAUCAUGUUAUUAUUUUAAUUUAUUAUCGUAAUCAUACACACAUUGGUUUGUAUAUAGCUCAAAUUACUUUUACAUUUACAGCAUUUUGUUAAUGUUCCCAUUAUAGACCUUAUAGCAGCAAACGAAUCAGAAGUCCCCACACAAUCACAGAAAAUAGCUUAAUGUGAAUAGAACACAAAAGAGAAAUUUUGAAGACAUUCGCUGGUUGCUCUUUACUCUGCAAUUACAAUGAAUAGGGACUAGGGAUUUCAAAUUUCAAAAAGGGGGCCAAUGCACCUGAGAAAUACCAUAAAAGUGGUCCGACUUGCGCACUAUAUUCAUAGUCUUCUGAAUUCAUAUGUAUGCAUUGUGUGAAUAACAUACUGUGAGUUAUUCACUGACAAUCUCCUCCAGUGAGCUGUUAACUGCAGUGACCCACAAAUUAAGUCAGUGAGUUGAACUUGUCUGAUUUGUGAAUUAAUCAUUCUGACGGCUUUUGUGACCUGGAUCAACUGAUUCAUUGAUAAAAUCUAACUCAAAAGACAUAUUUGCUCAUAAAACACACCAAAGAGAGCUAGGAAAAUGGAACAUGCGUCUCUUUUAUGACACUUUUAUGGUGCUUUUACCUUUUUUGAAACUUGAAGCACUUUUAAUGUAAUUGCAUGGAAAAGAGUGACUAGUACAAUUCCUCAAAAUCCUCUUUUUCUGUUCCACAGAGGAAGAAACUCACACAGGUUUUCUACAACAUGAGGAUCAGUAAAUAAUGACCGAAUUUUCAUUUUAAGGUGAACUUUCCCUUUAAAAGUAAGAAUUAUAUAAUAAUACAGCUGACUAUAUAUUCUGCAUUAUGAUGCUAUUACUGCAUGAACAGAGACAUGAAGCUGGCGUUGAUUUAUCACUGCAGGCAUGAGACACUGAAGCUCUGAAAUCAUUGCUGCAGCAUGUGCCUCUAUCUGAAAUUAAGAUAUAAAACAUGCUGACCUACACACCCUCACUCUCAAUGACAGCAACACACACACACUUAAAUCUCCAUACACAUACCUGUCCAAUGACACCGUUUUGCUCUCUAACAAUCUUGCUAAUUAUAAUUGUUAAUUAAUUUUCUCGCAGUGUCCCCAUCAGGAGACUAAUAACCUACAUUUUACAUAAUUAGACCUUCAACCUUUUACUCACUCUCCCGUUCCCUCCCUCUUCCUCUCAUCCUCUCCUUCUCUUCACAUCACCUCUUGGACUCUGUCUCACUCCUGUUCUCUGGAUGUUAGUGGGUUAGUGUUAUGUCCUAACACUGUUUCUUGCACCCUUGUCCUAAUAUAACAGCACUGUGGCCGGACCCCUCACUGUCGCCCAUCCCUCCGGUCUUCUUCCCUCUUUUAAUGUCAGUGUCUGACGGCCAUCUUGUCUGCCUCCUCCCUCUCUCACACGUACUCUGUGACCUGGUUUCAGAAGCAGCUGAAUACUGAUUUUCCUGUCUCAUUCUCAGCGGUUCACUGGAACAGCCGUGAAGGCCUCAAAGUGCUUAUGUAUGAACAUAAUGACUGCCAAGACGCCCAUCUGUCAAAACACUUUUAUAGAGCGAGACUGGCAGCUUUACAGACUGAAGCUGAUUAUUGAUCACUGAUCGGAUUUCUUUGCUUUCCAUGCCACUGGAGCUACUGUCUGACCGAGGACGAGCGAGCCGGUGGCCAACAUCUCCCUCUCUUUCUCUCUCUCUGUCCUCUUUCCUCACCCUCCCGUCAUCUGUCUCUUUUUUACUCUCUAGAGAGGGGUAACCCAGAUUUCAAAAAUGAAUUGCUGCCUAUUUCUCUUCAUCUACUCCCUCCUUUUUACUCCCUCCUCUCACUCUCUCUCUCUCUCUCUCUCUCUCUCUCUGUCUCUCUCUCUCUCACUUCAUCCCCUCUUUCUGUUGGUAAAAACAGAAUCAAUCUUGGAAAGUGAAAAUCGCCUCUUCCUCACCCCCUCUAUACUCUCAAUUGGAUAAAGGAAUAUACGGCCAUUCACUCCUCCUUCUCUCUUUCCUGGAAAGCUGCUGUAUCACUCUUCCCUUCAUUCUUAAUUUCCUUUUUGGGGUUUGAUUCUUCCUUUUUUUUUCAGGUGCGUUUCCUCUCUUGUAGACCUUCUGUUCGGUGAGGUUGUCUCUUUUUUUCUCUUACUUUUAUGAGCAAAGGAUUGAUCGCAUAGAAUAAAAGAGUCUUAAGAAGAAGUGGGAGGAAGAGGAGAAACCAUAUUGCCACAUUUAGACUUUUUUUUUUUUCUUAUUUAUUCUCCUCCUGUUAUAAAUCCUCUUGUUGUUCUUUCACCUCUUGGUUGCAUAAACCAUCUAUCCCUCUCCCAGUCUUGUUCUCUGUGUCUUGCUCUGUCCAACUGGUAGCAUGUCUACCCCAGUCUCUCCAUCUCCAUCUCUGUCUCCCCUGGCCCUGUCCUCCCCAUCUCCCUCCUCCUCCCCGCUCCCCUCUCCUCUUUCUCCUCCCCCCAGGCUUCCAGUCUUCCAGAGGAAGGGAGCUCUCAAGCACAAGAGGGUCAUUGAAGUGAAGGACCACCAGUUCACUGCCCGAUUCUUCAAGCAGCCCACUUUCUGCAGCCACUGCACUGACUUCAUCUGGGGAAUUGGAAAGCAAGGAUUCCAGUGUCAAGUGUGCAGUUUUGUGGUGCACAAACGCUGCCAUGAGUUCGUCACUUUUACUUGUCCUGGAGCCAUCACUGCUCCCAAAGCAGAGGAUCUCAAGAGCAAACACAAGUUUAAAGUACAUACAUAUGCCAGUCCCACCUUCUGUGAUCACUGUGGGUCUCUGCUCUACGGCCUCAUACAUCAGGGCAUGAAAUGUGCCAGUUGUGACAUGAAUGUACACAAGCGUUGUGAGAGCAGCGUCCCCAGCUUGUGCGGACAGGACCACACUGAGAAAAGGGGGCGGAUUCGUCUGACUGUGCGUGGAGAGAAGGAAGACAUAUAUGUCACAGUGCAUGAGGCACGUAACCUGAUACCAAUGGACCCUAACGGCCUGUCGGACCCUUAUGUGAAGCUCAAACUCAUCCCUGAUCCAAAGAGCCAGAGCAAACAGAAAACCAAAACCAUCCGUUCUACACUCAACCCCAUCUUCAACGAGAGCUUCACCUUUUCAGUGCGUGGGAGGCAGUGGGACAGGCGUUUGUCUGUAGAGGUCUGGGACUGGGAUCGGACAUCGAGGAAUGACUUCAUGGGCGCUCUGUCGUUCGGCGUUAGUGAGAUAUUCAGACGUUCCGUCAGCGGCUGGUUCAAACUACUCAACCAGGAUGAGGGAGAGUAUUAUAACAUCCCUGUACCCGACCCAGACCUGCAGGUACCAGAUGCUGCUAUCCCACCCUCUAUUCCUCCUGCUACGGUUACCGUGACAACGCCUGUUCCUACUGUGACCCCGGCUGCUCUGAGUCCGACUCCCACUGUACUGCACACGGGCAAAGGCCAAGUUGGACUGCACGAUUUCAACUUCCUCAUGGUUCUGGGGAAAGGGAGUUUUGGCAAGGUCCUGUUGGCGGAGGAGAGGGGCAGUGAGCGCUUGUUUGCGGUGAAGGUGUUGAAGAAAGAUGUGCUGUUUCAGGAUGAGGACACGGAGAGCGCCAUGGUGGAGAGAAGAGUGCUGGGCCUCGCUGGGCGACCUCACUUCCUGACAGCCCUCUACUGCGCCUUUCAGACCGAGGAUCGUCUGUAUUACGUCAUGGAAUAUGUGAAUGGUGGUGAUCUUAUGUUUCACAUCCAAAUCGUUGGCAAGUUUAAAGAACCACAUGCAGCGUUCUAUGCAGCCGAGAUAGCGGUGGGUCUGUUCUUCCUGCACAACAAAGGCAUCAUAUACAGAGAUCUAAAGCUGGACAAUGUCCUGUUGGACAGUGAGGGACACAUAAAGAUAGCAGACUUUGGGAUGUGUAGGGAAGGCAUGAUGGAAGGGGACACCACUCGCACCUUCUGUGGCACACCCGAUUACAUCGCACCUGAGAUUGUGGCUUAUCAGCCGUAUGGUAAAGCAGUGGACUGGUGGUCAUAUGGAGUCCUCCUUUAUGAGAUGCUGGCUGGGCAGCCUCCUUUUGAUGGCAUAGAUGAGGAGGAGCUGUUUCAGUCCAUCAUGGAACAGAGCGUUUCAUAUCCUAAGAGUCUCUCUCGGGAGGCUGUGGCCAUCUGCAAAGGGCUCCUCACCAAGAACCCUGCUAAGCGUCUGGGUGGAGGAGAGGAUGCAGAGAGAGAGCUGCGGGAGCAUCCUUUUUUCCGCUGGAUAGACUGGGACCGGCUGGAGAGACUGGAGAUACAGCCUCCCUUCAAACCCAGAAGUGGAGGCAAAAAAGGAGAGAACUUUGAUAAGUUUUUCACAUCCGCCCCCUCUGCCCUCACGCCCUCUGACCCGGAUGUUCUCGCUGCCAUAAGUCAAGAGGAAUUCCAAGGCUUCUCCUACAUAAACCCGGAAUUUCCGCCCUCACCCCUCACAGCUGUCUGAGAAAACCUUAAUCGAUCCUCACCGACCAUCUUGUGUUUUUUUUCUGCUCCUGUUUAUGAUUUAAACUACAGUUACCAAAAAAAAUCAUUGUGUAAUCUGGCUUUAGCUUGCUUACAAUAGGAGUCUGUCUCAAUUAGACCAAACAUUACCUUCUAAAACAACACUACACUGAUUUUAAUGAUCUUUACAGUAAAAAAAAAAACUAAGCAUUAAUAAUAUUUAGCCAGUCCACUCUGAGAGCAUCAGCCUGAAUUAUUUAAGGGUCAUGCAUUCAUGCCAUUAUCUCAUUGGACAAUAGGAUCUUAUUGGAUAUCCUUUUGGAUGCUACUAGUAGUUGCCAUGACCUAAUUAUAACUGACUGCACCAUAGAAACCAGCAUGAACAUGAUUUCCCCCAUGUUUUAAAGUUCACUUCAAGCUGAUUAUUUAAUCUCCGAUCAAAUUCAGUCUUUGUGUGAGAUUCUGUUUGCUCUGGUUUGGUUUAGUUAACCAAAUAAGUGUAGACAAGUGAGCAAACACUGGUCAUCCUUUUAGCAUCUGACAACUGGUAUAGAAGCUCAGUAUUAUGAUUUAGAAGUCACACACAUGACAGCUAGAUGCAAAAAAUGAUUAAUGCUUCAGCAUAUAAACUACUUGUUUGUGACAUGAAUGUUACUGUAUAUGUAGAUGCAUCAGAAUUCAAUCCAAAUAUGAUUCUAUACAGAUUAUAAAUGUUGGCAUCAUCUUAGUAUUUUACAAAAAUAAGUUAUUGGGAUCCUUGUUCCCAUGUUAUUGAAACAAAUGACUUUAUUAAAAAUGCUCAUUUAGAUAUUUAUGAUUUAUUCCAUAUAUUUAUAUGCAUAUCUAUAUAAAGUGUGCAGUGUAUUAUAAAGUAUACAUGUUAAUGUUUAUUCAAAAUAAAUAAUAGAAAUUUUCUAUGAACAUCAUUUUUACAUCAGCAUAAAAUAAAAAAUGACCAUGUCAUCAUAAUGUUGUCAAGAAAAAGCUGCCCCAACUGUUAUCAACCAAAUAUUUAUUUAUUUACAGUGCAUAGUAUUAUUAAACUUAAAGGGUUAGUUCACCCAAAAAUGACAUUUCUGUCAUUAAUUACUCACCCUCAUGCCGUUCCACGCUCAUCUUCGG